ACACUUGGGUAUAAAUUCAUGAAGGUUGGGUAGAAUUAGAUCGAGUCGGUUUAGGUUAGAUUAAUAGUGUUUGAAAUAAUGCACUCUGCUGGAAUAUUGUUAAUUUCUACAACGGUUUCUAUUCUGCGCGAAUAGCUAUAUGAAAAAGCAGAUCAACCAUGUUUUGCUUCAAAAGACGUGAAAAUACAUCAGAAAGAAAAGAUUUUUGUGUUUAUAUUCUGCCAAAUCAGGAGAAAAUCUUUGGGAAAUUAGGUGACAUUAAACUGGAGGGAGAUGCUACUAUCAGCAGAAAACACGCAACAGUGUCUGUGCAAUUGACAGAUGAAUCAGAUACACAAUAUAAAUGUGUUAUAAACGACACAUCAAAAUAUGGGACAUACAUUAUGAGAAAUAAUGAGAAGAAGCAACUACUUCCAAAUGAGAAUUUUCUUCUAAAAGCUGAUGAUAUAGUGCAGUUUGGUCUGAAAGAUACUACUUUUGUUGUGUCAUUCCAUAUGUUUGUAACAGCAAAAUCUAGUCUAGAUGUACAAAAUGUGGAGAAAUUAAAAAAUGUUAUACAUCUUAUAAAAGGAAGAAUAUCAGAAAAUUGGGAAAAUUCUUGCACACAUCUAACAGUAGAUAAAACUGUUCCAGUUACAGCAAAAAUAACUUGCGCUUUGGCUACUCUUAAGCCAAUUGUCACAAUUGAAUACUGGGAAGCGGUAAAUAUAGCUAUCAAAGAGUUUAAAGAAUUGCCAAAAAUCGAGGACUUUCUGCCUACAAUAAAGGAGGAGUUACUAAACGCUUCUUCAAAUUUGCUUUUAUCGAAUGAAAAGCGUAGAACACUUUUCAAAGGAUUAUCAUUUGUUCACUUUUGCGUGAAACAGUAUUACGCGUAUGCAUCAGUAAUCAUUGCAGCAGGUGGCAAGUCGUGUGUAUAUCCCACAAAGAGACCUUUGACUCCUCGAGAUCUCACUGCAAAAAAUGCUAUUGUUAUACAACAACCUGUUAGCGAUUCCUCGGAAACUCAAAUUAUCCCACCUGAUUAUCGAGUUAUCUAUCGUAAGCUUCAAGAUAUCAAACGCAGAAUGAUUUCUGAGACCGAGAUCCCGCUCGCAAUUCUCCACUGUAGCACGGAAAUAUAUUGCAAUCCCUUAUUUAAAUUUGGCACGCUAUUGAAAUCAAAGCCUCACGUAAUCGCAACCAACGUUAUGGUCGAGGAUACUCAAGACGUUGUCAAAACUGAUACGAGACAAGUAAAGAGAAAAAUUAUUCCCGAAACUUACGAUUCUCAGGAUAUUCAACAUUUGCCGACAAGAGUUCGCUUUUCUGACGAGAGCGAGCAGAGAAAUAUCCCGCGCGCCAGUACAAGCGGUAAUGUAACGGAAGACACGCAAAACGCCGUUAAGAGAAAUAUCGGAUGUAAAAUAAUUCCCGAAACUUGCAGUUCCUUGAACUCUGACAAAGUUUCAAACGAAAGCGAACAGAAUAUCUCGUGCGCCAGCGCGAAAGAUACUUCAAUGAUAGUCUCGGAAAACACUGUUAGGAAAGAUAAUAGAUGCAAAAUCAUAAUUCCCGAAACGUGCAAUUCCCCGAACAUCGAGAGCGUGUCAAAAAACUCUUCUUCGUACGAAAGCGAACAGAGAAAUAUCUCGCGCUUUAGCAAGAGCGGAAUUGCAACAGAGAUCGGGCAAAAAAACAAGAAGAGAGAUUUUGAGUAUAAAAUAAUUCCUGAAACUUGCACCUCUUCAAACACUGAGAGUAUUUCAAAAAAAUCUCAACUUUUGAACGAAAACGAACAGACAAAUGUUGUCAAUGUGUCUUCCGACAAAGUCAGUAGAAAACUCCAAGUUAUUUCUGACGAAGCGUGCCGUCCCCCGAACGUUGUCAUCAAUAUGUUUUCUAGCAAUUCGACUAGGAAAAACAAUAAUAAGCAACCUCUAAUGAUCUUUGAUAAAAACGAUAUUGUAAACAAGCCUGCAGAAAAAAAGCAAACUAUUAGUUUGCAUCAGAGAAACACUCCCAAAGAAAAUAUUUUAACUCCUUCAACAAAUACUCAACAAGUUGAAAAUCUGUUUCGGGAAAAUGAAUUCAAUCUUCAACAGCGAGAAAAUAUUCUCAUGAACGAAGAGGAUAAUGUUAUUUUUGAAAACGUUAAUUUAUCAAGUCCUAAAGAGAACAAUCUGAUUAUUGAAAAAACUAUCGGUAACGAUAAGCACAAAAACACGAGUCAAGAAAAAUUUAAAAAUUCAGCAAACAAACAGAUCAUAACAAUAGACGAAACUGAUGACAUUUGCAUGGAACAAAGAAAAGAGAACAAUGUACCAGGGAAACGUGCGACACAUCAAGAACCGAAGAAGUUGUUGAAAGAGCGACAAUUGGAUUCGGCUAGCAAUUUGGAUAACAAUCGAGAAAAUAAUAGAGCGAAAGAGAACGAAACAGAAGAGAGGAACAAGUCUAGAAAUACAUGUCUGGAAGGAAAUCGGCAUAAACGUUACCUGAAUCAAGAACGUACGGAUAAACUAUUUCGGAAAGAUGGACCGAACGGCAAGAGAUUCAAGAAGGCGCCUGUUAUAAUCCCAACAAGAAGAUUGAAAGAGGAUGAUUUUUAUUAGUAAUUAACAAAUUAGCAAUUAACAAAUUGUUUUUAACAAAUUAAAAUGUUUAUAUUACUUCUUGUUUAUACUCUCUCGCAUACACAAUGUGUAGUAAAGACACUAAUAAUAUAAAGAUCGAAGUUUACUUAAAAACAGUAGCGAGAUUAAACAAAUUGAAAAAGAGAAUAUUUUUAUUUAGAGAAAGAAAAAGAGUAUAAUAAACAAGCAUACUUGUACACACAUUGCAUU